AAAUCGAAAUUAAUCGAGACGAGGUGAAGAUGGAGAGGUGUGAAAUGUUCUUGGAGAUAUUGGUUGCCAUAUUGCUUCCUCCUUUGGGAGUUUUCUUUAGACACGGCUGUUGCAGCUGUGAAUUGUUGAUAUGCUUGAUACUAACCUUAUUAGGUUAUGUUCCGGGAAUAGUGUAUGCGAUCUACGCUAUUGUUGUUCGCCAUGGCGGCGGCCAUGAACAAGAUGAUGAUGGUGAUCAUCAUCAAUGGCGUCGUCCUCUCAAUGCUUAGCUUAAUUCCCAUAUUUAUUAGUAUUUUAUUCCAUUUUCUUUCUUAUGAAAGAGAACACUAUUCUCCUUUAAUUUGUACGUUGAUACUCCCUCCGUCCCAAAAAGUUUGUUACGUUUAGAAAAAAUUGCGUUCCGUAAAGUCCGUUACAUUUCUAUUAAGAAACCACUUUUACCCCU